AUGUUGUUUACCUUGUUCGUCAGUUUGGCAGCCUUCACUGGAGCCGUGCGGGCGGCCCCUGUCAUGCCUUCAAUGAACAGCUGGACUAGUCCUUCAGUGUCUUCGCCUUCUUGGUCUUCUUCUUCUGCCCCUGCCAUGAUGACUGGCGGCUCGUGGGACGGCUCGUCUGGAUCGUCGGCCUCUUCUGAGGGAUCUUGGGAUGCCAGCUCUUCUGUAAAUUCGUGGGGUUCUUCAACAGAUACUUGGACUUCUGCUGCACCUACCUAUGUCGCAUCAUCUACUUCUUCUGCUGCGGCAACUUAUUCGACUCCGUCCUAUGGCUCUGGAAGCUGGAACUGGGGCAACGAGUCUCCUUAUGACAGCUGUGUACAAAGUUGUUUGGCAUCUUACGGCACCCCCACCGCGACAUAUAUGCCGCCCAGCUCGACGAUGACUGGCACAGCAAGUUCCGGCAGCACUGGUACGGGCACUACACAUACUAUUAUUGUGGCUCCUACGCAAGGCGUUUUACGCUAUGUUCCAUUUGCCGUGAACGCCUCUGCUGGUGACAUGGUCGAGUUCGUUUGGAAUGCCAACGAGCACACCGUCACAAAAUCGUCGCAGUUAACGAUCUGUAAUGAGACCACCAGCGAACCAUUCAACUCUGGAGAACAAAACCAGACUUCUACUUUCACCCAGAUGGUCAACAGUACCGAUUCAAUCUUCUUCUAUUGCGCCACACCAGGUCACUGUGAGAAGGGGAUGUUUGGCAUUCUCAACCCGCCUAAUGCAGACACGUCAAGUAACAUGACUGUGGCCAGCAUGAUGCCCUCUAUGGUUGCCAACAAUUCUGUGAUGUCCGCGAUGUGGUCGUAUACACAAAUGAUGACUGCGAACAACUCACUCGCAGCUGCAUGGGGAAGCACCAUGGAUUUGUCUAACAUGCCGGACUGGUCAUGGCAAUAUGUCAUGGAGAAUGUGAUGUAUACUCGCACCUUCCUGGCCGCUAAUCCGUCUGUCAUGAGCCCCGAUGGCACUGUCAAUCUUAGCAAUGCAAGCAUGCCUUUCGCCAUCCCAAUGGAUGUCACUGCUACGAUGAUGUCUAACGGAACAAUGUCCUCUGGCUCGGGUACCGCGGCAGCGUCAUCGUCGACUAUGUUCCCCACUUCUAAUGGGGCGCGUGGAUUUACGGCCUCCAACAGCCUGGUUGCGCUCGCAACGAUAGCUGCCAUCUUCUUCAUUAUUUGA